CUAGUGUAUCAAUGGGCGGCCUUAUCGCUAAGAGCGAUCUCUUCCAGGCAACCUUUGGAUGGAGAGGACUAGAAGGAAGUUGGAGAGAAGGCGGCGUAAAUCACUUGAGUGAAAUAGGUAAUAAUAUAUACAUACAUAUUAAUAAAAAUAUACAAUAUAUAUACUCUUAUAUAAAAUACAUACACAAAAAUAAACAAAUCUAGUUCAAGAAAUCACAAAAAAAAACGAAAGUUUUAUAAUGAUAAUAGGACUAAACAAGGUUUUUAAAAGCGUGAAUGAAUUCCGCACGUCUUAUGGUAAGUGGGAGAGAGUUCCACAGAUGUACGGCAAGUACUGCAAACGAACGGCUAUAAAAAGAUGUGCCGUGUACAGGAGUCAUGAGAGUAAGAUUUUCUGAUGACCUAAGGGAUACCGUGUUAGAAGUAUGAAGGAAAUUAAAACAUUCCUUAAGAUAGCGCGGGGACUUAGGAUUGAACAAUAUGUUGUAAAGGAGAGCAAGAAUAUGAGUAUUCCGGCGAAGACGUAUAGGUAGCAACUUGAGCUGCGAACGAAAUUGAGAAACGUGAUCAUAUUUGCGCAAGCCAAAUAUGAAGCGGAUACAAAAGUUUUGAAGUCGCUCAAGCUUAUUUAGUUGGUCCUCCGUAAGAUCAAGAUAGCAGACGUCAGCAUAAUCAAGAAUGGGUAGCAACAAAGACUGUGCUAAGGUAAUUUUGGUAAUGAUGGGUAGGAAAUUACGUAGUCUCCUAAGUGACGCAGCUGAGGUAAACAAUUUGCGGCUGACCCCAGCAUCUGUGGACCCCAGCUCAAAUAAUUGUCGAAUGUUAACCCCAAGUUUUUACCGACGCGCUAAAAGGAACAUUAUUACCAGCCAGUUGGAUAUUGGGUAUUGACUGCCAGUCUACUCUAUCUAUCAUCCUAAAACUACGUAAGUAGUUCUAGGAUUCCAAGACUACUAGCAUAAUAGUAGAUUAUGCUAGUAGUCUUGGAGGGAUUCAUUUCUAAUCCAAAGGAUUUGCUCCACUCUGAAAUCGUAAGUAGAUCGGUAUUAGUAGCUCGCACCGCAUCUCCAAGUUGACCAAGUGAUGCUUGGCGAUAGAUUUGGAGGUCAUCUGCAUAUAGGUGGUAGGAAGAAGAAAUAUUAUUUGAAACAGAGUUGAUUAAGACAGCGAAAAGAAGAGAUAAAACGCCGCCUUGAGGAACACCAGCAGUCGCGUCGCUUCAUGAAGAAAAUUUCUCCUCGAGGCAAACGCGCUGCCUGCGCUCAUACAGAUAACUGUGAAACCACUCAAUCACUGAUGGAGAUACGUUAAGAGAGUGCAGCAAUUCCAGAAGAACGUCAAAAUUGACGGUAUUAAAAGCAUUGCUGAAGUCCAACAGUGUUAAUACCGUAAUUAGAGCAUUAUCCAUCCCAAGGCGUAUAUCAUCUGUUACUUUGAGCAGAGUAGUCGUUGUACUAUGGCCGGGACGGAAACCAGAAUGAAAAGGAUUAAAGAGAUUGUGACGAGAUAGGAACAUAUUAAAUUGAUUGUGGACGAGGCGUUCAAGGAUGGGGCGAAAAUCGGCAGUAGAUGUAGGGUUCGAUUUUUUAGGGAGUGGGAUAAUUUGGGCUUCCUUCCAAACUGACGGAAAGAUAGCAUUGCAAAUCGAACUGUUAAAUAGGAAAGUAAGGACAGGAAGAAUGAUAUCUAGGAUUGGUAUUAACAUGAUGUCAUCACAAAACGUAACGUGCGGACGUGUUUUAAAAUUUUCUCGUAUUUUGUGCUUAUUUUUGGCUAUCGCGAUGGCUAUUUACUGUCGAGCUUGUAGUAAAGAAGUGCUUGAUGGCCUAGCUAUGAAGUGUUGCAAUUCAAGAUGCAAUAAAGUGUAUGAUCUAUUGUGUCUCGGAUUUAAAGAGACAGAUUUUGAAUCCUUCACAACGGAAUACAAACGCCAGUGGGUAUGCCCAGAGUGCCUAAGCUUGAAACCAAAACGGUUGAGUAGUGAUACACCUGUUCGAACACCAGAGCAGAGGAAGAUUGCUGCUAACUCCAGUGAAACGUUACAGAAAAAUAAUGAAGUCACUUUUAUCGAUAACUUGAAACAACUACGUAUGGAACUGGUAGAUAGAUUAGAUAUGCAGGAAAAAUGUAUUUUGGAUAUUCAACAGAUGUGUUAUAUCACUAAUAUGGAACUAAAACACUUAACAACAGCAUUACAACAGGUACACACUUUGGUUGAAAAUUCUACCUUAUUAAAAAAUCAACUAAAUAUGUUAUGCGAACGUAACCAACACAUCGAGUUAUUGUUGAGCUCUGUAGCUAAGUCACAUGAUAGCAUGAGAUCUGGCACUCUAUUGGAAUAUGUAAAUAAAUCACAGAGUAACUGUGUGGCUAACACCAUUCGUACCGACGGCAUUCUGGUAACUACCCGAAACGCAGAUGUUGAUACGAAUGGUGAGGCCACAAAGUCAGCGGUUACAGAAGACGAGCAACUGAUAGAUCGUCAUUUGGAACGUACUAAUGCGGAAUCGAAGGCUUCCCCCAAGGGUAAGAAGAAUGAGUGGAUCACAGUUCACAGGAAAACUGCCAAAAAGUCGAUGACGGACAGGAAUACGCAUGAACAAAUAAAAGCCAUUGGAAGUUCCACUAAAGGGUUGCCUAAUCUUGAUCAGUCUGACAAUCGAAAUCGGCAGAGGAGCAGCAAUGAGGUGACACAAACUACCAGGCGAUUGACAAAUGUGCAACCUAAGGUGUGUGGCAAUUUUGGCACCGGGAGUUACUCUGAUAAAAAGAAGGAAAGGACAAAAUCUUAUUAUAUGUUUGUUGACGACUCUGAUUCUUCAGCAACCAGUGAUAAUGUUAAUACUACUACAAUAGAUCUGGAAACACUAUAA